GUAUCGGAACGAAGAGUGCAUAGGUAAACAUGGCCGACUCGAGUUGAGUUUAAUCUGUUUUGAAUGCACCAAGUUUUGGCAGUCGGCGGUGAUUUCAAUGUCCGUUUCAUAAAUGUGGACAUCGUAGGAGUCGGAACGUUCGCUCAGCUGUGUUACCGACCAUCCAAAACGCGAACACACAUACGAAAAGCGAUGUUACGAGGCCGUUGUUGAUCCCCUCAUCUCUGUGAUAAUCCGAAUUAGCGGUGCCAACAACUGAAAAAAAACGAAACAUAAUCCUUUAAUAUGUUGGAAAGCCUCCUGGCUUCGAUACCCCGUCCGACGUGCAUAUGUGUUCACAGCUUCGUCUUGCUGCUUUACGUAUCAGUUUUGGCCGCCCGAACCGACGCUCAUGAAAAUGAAAGCAACAGUGUGUGGUUUAUUAAAGAGCCAGAAGAUGUGAUUGUAACUUUGGAUUCCGGUGCAAUACUUGAUUGCAUUGUUGGGACAUCGGAUCCUAAAGCAGAGCCUAUUAUACAUUGGCGUAGCAACGAUGGCCAGGCAAUCGAUUUCUUAGGCGACCCACAUAGUUCAGUGUCUCAACUUCCUAAUGGAUCUCUUGUUAUUUCAAAAGUCGUUGGACAGGAGCUUGUGAAUAAUGAAAUAAUUGAGCGAUAUUCUUGUAUUGUUGAAGUCAUUUCGGUUGGUAAAAUAGUCAGUCGUACUGCCACAGUUACAUUUGCCAAAUUGCCUUCAUUAGAUAAACAGCCUCAGAGUUUGAAUGUUUAUCCAAAACAGACGGCUCAUUUCGCCUGUCACAGCAACAGCAAACCACAGCCGACCGUGACAUGGAUAAAAGAUCAACUUCCACUAGUUCUAGAUGAAACGAGGAUGAUCGUCCUGCCUUCGGGCUCGUUGGAAAUUGACGAAGUCCAAGUAUCAGAUAUUGGGAGCUAUCAAUGUAACAUCUCUGGAUUGGCUGGUUAUCGACUAAGUGAAAAGGCUUUCCUCACUGUUUCACAAGAUCUUGAGGGUUCGUCAAGGAAAACAAGCCCUGAAUUUAUUGCUGAACCAAAUGAAACAGUUGGGUUUGAAGGUGACACUAUAACUCUUGACUGUGCAGCCAACGGUAAUCCAAGACCAUGGAUCGAUUGGCUGAAAGACGGCAUUAAAGUUGAUAUGGCUGAUCUAGACAGUCGGUAUGAGAAAGUUGGUACUGGAGCUUUGCAAAUUACAAAUGUGAGGGAAUCUGAUGCAGGCCAUUAUCAGUGCAGGGCAGGGAACAGUGUGGAUUCAGUUGAUACGCAAGCAACUCUAUCCAUUCAUGUUGCCCCAAGAUUUGUAAAACAUCCAUCAUCAAUCAUUGCAAGUGUUAAUUCUGACAUUGAACUCGAAUGCAAAGUUUAUGCCAAGCCUGAGCCGAAAGUCUAUUGGCUUAAAAACGGUGAUCAUGUCGCCAACUCUAGCUUAUACCUUCAAGUGGUGAAUGGAAACAACUUGCGUAUUCUGGGGGUGAUGGAAUCAGAUUAUGGCAUUUUUCAGUGCCUUGCAUCUAAUUCAGCUGGCAAUAUUCAAGCUGCUGCCCUUUUGACUGUGACCAGCACUGUAACAAACUCUAGCAAACCUUCCAUUCCUUGGUCUUCUUUAGAGAGCAUUAGGUCACAAACCGGUCCUCCAAAAGAAGUAGAGGAGAUCGCAGUGAGGCCCAAGAUGGUUACUCUUAAAUGGAAGUCGCCGGCUUCAAUUCAAGGUGAAAUUCUUGGCUAUAGCAUUUUUUACAAGGAGCAAGAUUCAAACAGGGAACGUGUCGUAAACACAUCGAGAUCUAAUCUGGAAGAGACAAAUAUCUCAGGGCUCAGUCCCAAUACAACGUACAUUUUUAGAAUCGCGGCAAUCACUACAGCAGGUCUUGGCGAGACAAGCCGCGGCCAUCUGGUCAUAACGGCGCCAGAGUUAAGAGGAGUACCAAGCCCUCCUUUAAAUGUUCAUGCAAUUUCAUCCACUACAGAACUUAGAGUCUCUUGGUCAGAACCACAUAUAACAAAUGGAAAGAUAGACAAGUAUAAACUUUAUUAUUAUGAGUAUGAUUCUUCAGAGGAACACCACAUUGAAACGGAAGACACAUUUUAUACUUUGACAGGUUUGAAAAAAUUCACAGAAUAUUUUGUAUGGGUUGUGGCUUACAACCACUACGGACCGGGCAUAAACUCUGAUGAGAUUACAGUCAAGACUCUUUCUGACGUACCUUCUGAACCUCCUACGAAUGUUACCGUUGAAGCAACCAGCUCUUCAAGUUUAACGGUGCGGUGGGAUCCACCAUCACCUGAGGGGUGCAACGGUGUAAUCACAGGUUACAAGCUACGAUACAGAAUGCGCGAUCGUAGAGGCCGUUCUGAAACUGUAACCACAGCUGGUAACAAGAGAGUUCAUGUGCUGACUGGACUUGACAAAAGCAGCAUAUAUCAAGUAAGGAUUUGGGCUAUUAAUGUCAAUGGAACUGGACCCCCUACAGAUUGGUACACGAUUGAGACUUACGAAAAAGACCUUGAUGAAACGACAGUUCCUGAUAAACCAUCUGAUUUAAAAGCGAAAGCAAAUGGAGAUUCGAUAACAGUAGUUUGGUCACCUCCAAAAAAUACAAACAUUCUUGUUCGUGAAUAUAUAAUAACAUGGGGUAAAGGUAUACCGGAUGACUAUGUUGAAAAACUCGAUGGAAAACAGAGGCAUUAUGUAAUAAAAAAUCUUGAACCUAACUCUGAAUAUGUAAUCUCGUUACGGGCUAGAAAUGAAAGGGGUGAUGGACCAUUGGCUUAUGAGAACGUUCGGACCAAAUUAGAAAAUAUCGCAGAGCCAAUAACUCCUCUCCUUCCGCCGAUUGGGCUCAAAGCCACUGUUGUGUCAUCAACAUCAGUCGUUCUCUUCUGGACAGACACGACAUUAGCCCCAGAUCAGGUAGUAAAUGAUGGGAGAUACUACGUUGUUCGAUACAACCAGUUUCACCCCUCUUCGUUAAAUACAAGAUACAGAUUUCACAAUUCAACAGUCCUCAACUACAUGAUCGACGAUUUGAAGCCAUUUACACAAUAUGAAUUUGUUGUUAAAGUAGUAAAUGGUCGUAGAGACAGCCCUUGGAGCAUGACGGUUGCAAACACAACAUGGGAAUCUGCCCCUGGCUCUCCUCCAAGGGAUGUGACUGUUGUGAACCAGAAUUCGCCCGGUACUGUCAGUCUUUCCUGGCAGCCACCCAAAAUCCCGAACGGCCACAUAACAAGCUAUGUCGUAUCAUACACGACAGACCUUCAAUCAAAAGAGAGAGACUGGGUAACCGAGCAUGUGCCAGGUGAUAAAAUGUCAACCCUUAUCAAAGCACUUUCCCUAGACACGACCUAUUAUUUCCAUGUCAAAGCAAGGAAUAAAAAAGGAUUCUCUAUCAGCUCUCCGGUAGUUUCAAUAACAACACCAGCCUCUGCUUUUGGUGCUAUAGCAGAGGUUGGAAAUUUAAACAAAGGAAAGGGCCUUAGUAAUACUACCUUAAUGUACAUAGUUAUAGUAGCAUCAUCAGUUCUCAUCACUUUGAUCGCAAUCUCUGUUGUGUUCCUUUGUUGUCGAAAGUCAAACCCCACAACCCCCGAUCGCAGCAAAAAAGGGUAUCCAAAAGGUGGAAAGGCAGGAGCCAGCAACAUAAAACCACCUGAUCUCUGGAUACAUCAUGACCAAAUGGAGCUCAAAAACCUUGACAAGAACCAAGAUGGUAUCAGCAGUAAUGUUGGCGGUGGAACUCUACCAAAAUGCAAUGGAGAUUCGACUCCUCCAAGAAGUGGCACAUUGGAAAAACAUCAAGAUCAGUCCAUUCAUCGCGACUACCAGGCGUCUUAUAUAGGAUCUCAGUGCCAGCCAUUACUUAUGCCGGAAGAAAGGAUUUCGACAUUGAGGCGUGGACCCAAACCAAAACUUAUAACUUUGCCGAUUGAUAAUUCACACUUUAGGGAACCUGUGGCAACAGCCGCUCCAAUCGGGGGGACACCAACUUCGUCUGCAUCAAUCAAUCCAGCUGAGAUGCGGCCACUCUACCCGAGGACCCAGUACACCUCAAGGGCCCAUGUUACCAUCGAUCCUACAGCCACUGAGAGCCCUUAUGUUGUUCAACCCUCUACUUCGGUGACGUACGAUUCAGCAAACCAGAAUGUCGGAGUGAGAGACAAUCAAUCUAAUUAUGGAACAAGUGAAAAUGCAAAACGGCUUCAAGGGCACCCAUUAAAAAGUUUCAGUGUCCCUGCACCUCCUCCGCAGUCAGCUCCGACAACUCCCCAGCAAAAACAUAUAAUCACUGUACGAGCACAGGGUUCAAGUCCUUUUAAGAAGUCAGUGUACGCAGGAGGAACAUCAACAUCCCCCAUCCCAAAAGCCAAACUGUCAUCCGACGAACUUCCAAGAAUACAGGCAUCAUAUAGCACUGAGGAACUUAACCAGGAGAUGGCAAAUCUCGAAGGCCUCAUGAAAGAUCUCAACGCCAUCACAGCAUCCGAAUUCCAAUGUUGAUUAAUUUUAAAAUACAACCAUUUAUUUCCCCAUCCUCACCCUGUUUUUGUACUUUUAUAUUUAAACCAAUGUCAAGUAAUCAUUUCCCAAUCAUGAAAAUGCUGAAAUAAAAAAUCAAAAUCACCGAUUGACCAAAGAACAAGAACUUAAAAGUCAAACAUAUCUAUUGAACUUAUUACGUUUGGUGACUGAAAAGAUACUUUUCAUGAAGUUGAAUUUUAUGUCAUAAUUGAUAAGUCUGAUACUUUCUUUGUAUAUUAGAUCUCAUUUUGUUUUUCCUUUAAUUAGAAGUCUGACGUUACAAUUGUAAAUAAGUGUAUUAUUUUCUUCUUUUUUUUUUCUUCAAAUUAUUUAAUUUUAUGUAUUUAUAAUUGAAGUUUAAAAAGUAAGUGCCAUUUAUUUUCGUUUUAUACUUUUGUACAUUUCUGUUCUUUUUUAUUUAAAUAUUGUGUUAGUAUGUAAUAUAAACAUGAAACAGACAAUCGUUUGUAAGUUUGAACAUAAAAGUAAAUUUGAUUUAAAGAAAAAAGGACUCAAUUUAAUGGCGUGGAUUGUUAAAAGGCCCAAAUAGCUCAUAGAUGUGAAAACAUUUUUGUCAAAAGUGCCUAAACAAGAGAAAACAAUAAUAAUAGACAGAAAAUAAGUGUUUGCCCCUCAGUGUGAUGUAUUUAUUUAUUUAUAAAUGUUAAUAAUAGUUCUGUUGUGUUUGUAAUGUAAGGCCGGAAUUGGUCCGAAUAUGCUGCUAUAAAUAUAUGAAAUGCUUUCUAACCAAAAUUGAAAAAAAGUUUAUUAUAGUUACAAAUAUUUUGUAUGGUCGGUUAUACAUACCAAAAUAAAUGUGUAAAGGAAAAACAUCAUUAUAACUUUAUUAUUAUUUAUUUUAUACAAAAAUAUUUUGAACGAUGUUUAACUGAUAAGCCAAUUGAAGUUUAUGUACGUUUAAACAAAUUUUCAUUCCAUUCAUGUGAAAAGACUAGCAUUUGUAUUUUGUACAAUUUAUCAAUAAAACUACAAUACAAACUCA